CCCCGCCGUAAGCACGAGGAUAAGGAAAUGACGCGCGGUAACAUCAGAACUUAAAUAUUCGUUCAACUCCUUCGACUUGCUUGGUGAGAGCAGAAAGGCAUAAUGGAGCCAGUCGGGCUGGCGGUUGGCCUUGUCGGGCUCUUCAGCACUUGCAUGGACGUUGUGCAAAGGAUUGACUCGUACAGAACAGCUGGUCGCGACUCACGACAGCUUGACGCUCAACUCAAUACCGCUAUGCAUCUCUUCGAAAGAUGGGGUGACGGUGUCGGUAUAAGUAAGGGCAAGCUCUCAGACAACCAUCACCCAGACCUCGAUAACCCGCGUACGUAUGCAGUGGUCCAGGGUUUGCUGAACAGCAUCAAGGAUUUCUCGGCAACGUCAAAUGAACCUCCAAGCCCCAAGGGUCUUCAGAAAACCCCGUCAUUCCCACUAUCAAGCGAGAUAUCCUCGCAUGGUGCCAAGAUUUCAAGGUGGCAAAAGACAACAUGGGCACUGCGUGGAAAGCUGAAGCAGACGAGCCACGUCCAAGCACUUGCAAGUCUCGUAUCAGACCUCUAUAGUGUUGUUUCCCCCGACACUCAGAGCUCUACAGCCUUGACACGAAACCCAAGCUUCAAUGAUUUAUCGAUAAGUGCAGGCGAGCAGCCAUAUGCUGUAGAGAUUCGGGAGCUGCUACAGAAGGUUGAGGAGGAGAUGGAAGCUGAGAGAAUGCGAGACUUAAACCUGUGGCUCGGUGCUCCGCCGCCAAACGAUGUGUUCAGCGACUCUAACGACAAGCGUCUUGAAGAAACAUGUGAAUGGAUUCUCCAUCGCGACGAGUUCAUUGAGUGGCAAACACCCUCUUCUUCAGGUAAAUUGCUCUGGAUAAAAGGUCCAGCUGGGUUUGGGAAAACGGUCCUCUGUGCCAAAAUAGUUCAAGAGCUCGAGAGGACAGCACAGGGACCCGUCGCGCACUUCUUCUUAUCAUCAAGAUAUGAAGGCCGUGAUGAUCCUUUCUCAACAAUUCGAGCGUGGCUGAUCAUGCUCGUGCAACGAAACUUGACCGCUCGGGAUAUUGUGGCAAGAGUCCGUCUUUCACAACAUGAGCCACUGGCAACUCAAGCGACUAUCAUGCAAGUUUUCCGAGAUGUUGUCGUGGGUGUUCCGGGCUGCGUCCUUGUUCUGGAUGGUUUGGAUGAGUGCGCAGGGAUGACAAGUACAGAUACGAAAUCUGUCCCGCAUUUCCUCCAGGAAUUACAUAAAGCUACCUCCAAUACUGCGACCAAGAUUCUCAUUUCAAGCCGCGGCGACCCCAUCAUUCAGCAAGGUCUUUCUGAGUUCACUGGAUAUAGCGAAUAUACCAUUGUUCCAGACGACGUCGGACCUGACCUCAUGGCAUACUCAUCUAAACUCGUCAAAGCGAAGCUACCAAAUAAGGACGAACCGACAAGAGCAUCUAUUGCACGGAAGAUGAAGGACAGAAGUGAGGGUCAAUUCCAAUGGGUGAAACUUCAAGAAGGAUCUCUGAGAAAGGGUCGAAGCAGAAAGCAAUUGGAGCGAGAGAUCGAUGAGACUCCUUCUGGGCUUGACAGUCUCUAUGACCGAGAAUGGAACAGAAUCAACGCAAUGGGAGACUCCGACAAAGAAAGGGCUCUGUCACUACUGCAAUGGACUGCGUUUGCACUGAGGCCGUUGACAGUGUAUGAGAUUACGGAAGCCGUACUCUUGACAGAAGACAUGGACGAGUUGCCCAUGGAAGAGAUGCCAGAUUGUGUCGAUCAAGAUUAUGUUGAUAGUAUGAUCCUCGAACUUUGUGGAUCGCUCAUUGAAGUCCGGCAUGUUUCGUCGUCUGAGAGUACCGGAAGUCCCGAACGCAUUCAAAGUUCGGAAGAGGACUCUAUCGGCUUACAGGAAGUUCACCUGUCACAUUUCUCCGUCAAGGAAUACCUUCUCCUCAAGAGCUUUCCCGGCAACGCUACUAUACUGUCGAACGAGAAGCUUCGUGUCACUAACGAAAACUUCCAUAAUGCCACUCUAGCGAAACACUGCCUUCGUUUCGUGAGCUUCCCUGGGGCAUGGGAAAGCUUAAAGACGAACGAAAACGAGAAGCCAACAAUUCACUUCAUGCUCUACGCUGUGGAUAAAUGGUUUCAGCAUUGCCGCGACGUUAAGGCAAUUGACCCAGAUUUACAAAGAGCCAUCAAUGCCUUCUUAAACGAUAAAAAUCAGAAUUGGCCCUUUGUCAGGGAGUUCGUGGAGACGAAGAUCUUAGGUGAUGAACCCGAUGUUCAAGAAAGAUCGAUAAGCCCAUUUGUAUUUGCAGUCUGCAGUGGACUUACAGUCACUGUGGCGCAUCUGAUACAAGAAGGGAACUUCGAUAUGGACGAUCGAUCAUUUGGCAAUUCGACGCCCUUGUUCUGGGCUUGCGUUACUGAAAGCAAAGACGUCGUGGAACUACUCCUUGAUAAUGGCGCAGACAUCAAUGCAAUAUGUCACGAAGGCCGAACACCACUUCAUAUCAGUGCGGAAGAUGAAGACAAUGAGAUAACAGAACUCCUUCUAUCAAGGGGCGCUGACGUCUCAGUAGUUGAUGAUACGGGACAUACAGCACUCAACGUAGCUUCAACGGCUGGCAUUGGUCAAGCUUCUUAUUAAAAGGGGUGCUGAUGUCAAUCAGGUGGCGUCCAAUGGCCACGCGCCGCUGUUGCUGGCUGUGUGGUAUGA